UUAAGAUAGAAGAUAGAUAGAGAGAGAGGAAAAGAUACAGGAAAAAAGAAGUUGUGAUUCUCUCUCUAUUUCUAGGGUUUUAUUUGAAGUGAUUAUCGAAGACCUUUCAAGGAACGGAUUUUAAAAUGCGAUCGAAGUCAGAAGACACGAGUAGGAUGGAAGCUAAUCCACAUAACUUCUCUGAGACAAAGCCUUGGUGGCGAAGUGCUAGCUAUAACCCUAUUUCCCCUGCUGUGACAAGAACACCUUCCAAUUCUUCUUCAUUGGAUCAAUCAAAAGAUGGUCACUCAGAAGAAUCUGAAAAUAGGGUAGAUGAGGGAGUUGAUGUAAAUGAUUCACAAAUUACACUUUUUCAUCCAGAUGGAAAUGAUUGGGGAGAACACCAUAAAUUUCUGAAUGAAACACCAACACUACCGCCAAGGAAUGAAGGAAGCCUUAUGCCUCCACAACUCGAUCUUGCAGGCAAUAUUUCAUUAAAUUUAUAUCCAUAUCCAUAUGUUGAUCCAUAUUAUGGUGGAGUAAUGACACCUUAUGGUAUUCAGCCGCUGGUACAACCACCUCAUUUUGUUGAUAUGCAAAACAAUAGAAUUCCUUUGCCGCUUGAUCUUACACAAGAGCCAGUUUUUGUCAAUGCAAAACAAUACCAUGGGAUUUUGAGGCGAAGAGAAUCACGUGCUAAAAUGGAGCUUCAAAAGAAAAUGAUUAAAGACCGUAAGCCAUAUCUACAUGAAUCAAGGCACCGACAUGCUAUGAGAAGGGCUAGGAGUACAGGUGGCCGAUUUGCAAAGAACUCUCCCAACAAUGAUAGUUCUUCCAACAGAAUUACUGAAGAAAGUAGACCUCAAUUAGGAUCUGCAGUGCAGUCAAACUCCACUGGUUCAUCUGGUUCUGAACCUCAUCAUAUUGGAAAAGGACCUUCACCUCAAGAAGAAACUAAAGCAUCAUCGGUAUUGUAUGCCUCCCCAUGGAUUGCUGAAGGCGAAGGAAGCUCGAAUAGAGAGUCCUAGUAAUGGCAAUUCAUUCUUGGCUAUUUUAAGCUUGCUUUUUUGGAUUUUUCUUGGAAAAUAAGUAUAGACAUGUCCAUAUUGUUUUUUUUGGAAGAUGGAAGAAGUUUGUUAUCCCUUUUUUAGGAGUUUUAAGU